ACGCACCAAAAUAGACUAUUCCUAAUGGAGGAAUAUUUAUCGAAAGACUUCUUACGACCCACAGGAUUUCUUGUCUUCAUCCUUUGAUCACAGACAAUUGUUGUCCAUUUGGAAUAUCUAGAUGACACUGGUCCUGAAUCAAAGCAAGCUGUGAAAGGUCAAUUUUGAAGUAUUUUCUAAACCUGUCUACACCAAUGGACGUGUAGAGGUUUCCUCGUCUAUCCUAACCUAACUGCAGUAUGACUAACCCUCCUGCUGCUUCCCCUCCCAACUUCUAUAUGGUAGAAGUUGGUGACUCCACUUUCACAAUACUAGAAAGAUACCAGAAUCUCAAGCCAAUAGGAUCUGGAGCUCAAGGCAUUGUGUGUGCUGCCUAUGACACUGUAGCCGGAACAAAUGUUGCCAUAAAGAAACUCAGUCGUCCAUUUCAAAAUGUUACACACGCCAAGAGAGCAUACAGAGAAUUUGUACUGAUGAAGUUGGUCAAUCACAAGAAUAUAAUAGGCUUGUUAAAUGCAUUUACUCCACAAAAAACUCUAGAAGACUUCCAGGAUGUCCAUCUCCAGACUCCUAUGAUCACACAGUAGAUGAGCAGGAGCACACAGUGGAGCAGUGGAAAGAGUUGAUAUACGAUAAAGUCAUGUCAUUUGUAGUCAGGGAAAAGAAAAAGCUACAUUCAGCCUCCAAUCCUAUGCAAAACCAUGCUGUUGGAGCUGCAAACAACGAGAGCUUGACGAACGACAGUGUGGCAGGCACAAAUUCCAACAGAUGUCGAUAACUGCUGUAUAUAUAGAGCUUGUACCAUACUAGGCUGCAUAAUUUAUUCCUUCCUCUUCACCCAUAUCUGUCAUACGGAGAACAACAUCUCUCAGAUUUAUACAUUCAUGUCUAAAUGUUCUUUAUCGACUAUAAGUGUAUCCAAUGAUUCAUUGCCUUGCAAAGUAAUCGAAAAGUAAAAUAUUUAUUUUAUGUCAAGGAUAAGUUUCACCUAUCUGUUAUGCUGACACAUUCAUUCACCUGGUGUGUAUAGACAGUUGGUUAUCACACACAGGUGAAUGUGUAUAGUCAUUAUACACAGGUGAAUGUGUAUAGUCAUUAUACACAGGUGAAUGUAUAGUCAUUAUACACAGGUGAAUGUGUAAAGUC